CGCUUCCCGCAGCGGGCGGGCGCGGUAUAUUUAGCAUCGCGUCGCUUUAUUCCUCCCCCAAAGUUUCGCCCACUUAUUUAUUUAUUUGCCGGCGAGCGCCGCGCUGCCGCAGAGCAGCAAGAGCCGCUCCGCGCCGUGCCGAGCGCUGGAAGCGGCUCGGUAUUGCAGCAGGUAGGGCUGAGCGCUAGGACCUCGGAGAAUCCUUCCAGCAGCAAUCAGGACUACCUUAAACCCAGCCCAAUGCCUCUUCCUGCGCCACUCUGCGUGCUGGAUGGAGAUCCACAGUCAAGAGCUGCAGCUCAGUGCUGGAGUACAACAUUUCACAGGGAGCCCUGCAGAAGCAACACCUGUUUCGAGCCAGCCAAGAAAGACACAAGCACUUGUAUGUUGCUGCUUUGCUUGUGGAUCGUCAAUAAUCCUAAACCAGUGGACAUCUGCUGAGCCUCCUGAGAAUUCUGGAUAAUAGAUUUGGACGUCAAAAGUUUUUUUUUCCUUUUUCUUUUUUCUUUUUUUUUUUUGGAUUUAUCUCAGCCAACAACGUGAGAUUUCCCCCCUCCCCCUUUGCAGGAUUCAUGCUGAUGUAUGCAGUCUGUUAUAGAGUAAAAACAGCGCAUGCCUUUCUGGAGUCAGAAUCCAUAAAUCCUGACGUAGCCUGUGCAUCUUAAAAAAAAAUCCCUAUAACGCCUAGGUAUUUAAGUUGCUAUGGUCAUUCUUAUCUUAAACCAAAUGGAGAAACUACGGAUUUUUUUCUUUAUUACAGUUGGAUGGGCUGAAGACCGUAUUGCUUGCUAAGAGCUGGGGAUAUAUGCAUUUAUAUAGAUAUACACAUCUAUAUGUUUAUAAAUAUGUCAGUGUGUGAGUAUAAAGUGGUGGUUUCUUAGACUAACUGGUUUGACCUUGAACCUGUACCAGUCAAAACAGAAUAUUACUUUUAUUUAUGCAUUUAAUGGAUUGAAGAAAGAACAUUUUCUCAGUAACUGCGCUAGGGAGGGGAGAGGAGUGGAAUAUACCUAAUCUUAUAUCUCCUGGGUUUGGCACCAUCAUUAUUGUUUAUUCUCAUUCUCUAAAAGCAGAAUCUUCUGAUGGCUCCCUUAGGUGAAGUUGGGAACUAUUUCGGUGUGCAGGAUGCAGUACCCUUUGGGAAUGUGCCCGUUUUGCCGGUGGAUAGUCCGGUUUUGUUAAGUGACCACCUGGGUCAGUCUGAGGCAGGUGGGCUACCCAGGGGGCCUGCGGUCACGGACUUGGACCAUUUAAAGGGGAUCCUCAGGCGGAGGCAGCUAUACUGCAGGACUGGAUUUCAUUUAGAAAUCUUCCCCAAUGGUACUAUCCAGGGAACCAGGCAAGACCACAGCAGAUUUGGUAUACUGGAAUUUAUCAGUAUAGCAGUGGGCUUGGUCAGCAUCCGAGGAGUCGACAGUGGACUUUACCUUGGAAUGAAUGAGAAGGGGGAACUCUAUGGCUCGGAAAAAUUAACCCAGGAGUGUGUAUUCAGAGAGCAAUUUGAAGAAAACUGGUAUAACACAUAUUCAUCAAAUCUAUAUAAACAUGUGGACACUGGAAGACGAUACUACGUUGCGUUAAAUAAAGAUGGGACUCCACGAGAAGGGACUAGGACUAAACGGCAUCAAAAAUUUACACAUUUUUUACCUAGACCAGUGGACCCUGAGAAAGUACCAGAACUAUAUAAGGAUAUUUUAAGCCAAAGUUGACAAAGACAAUUCCUUCACUUGAGCCCUUAAAAAGUAACCACUAUAAAGGUUUCAUGCGGUGGGUUCUUAUUGAUUAGCUGUGUCAUCACAUCAGCUCCACUGUUGCCAAACUUUGUCGCAUGCAUAAUGUAUGAUGGAGGCUUGGAUGGAACAUGCUGAUUUUGUUCUGCACUUAAAGGUUUGUCCUCCUGGAGGAGAGCCUAUGCCCACUCGCUUGAUUUAGUACGAGAGAGAGCGCGAGAGCGUGAGUGCGAGAGAGAGAGAAAGGGAGAGGAUGAAUGGGAGUGAGAGCGCGAGAGAGAGGAGCCGAGGGGAGGAGGAGGGUGAGGAGGAGGAGGAGGAAGGCCUGAUGCAUGCUGGGGAAUAGACACGCUUUUAAAUUUUUGAUCAGUUGUACUUCGUCAUAUAUCAGCAUAGCUGCCAUACUUCGAUUCAUCAGGAUUUUUGGCUGGUGGCCUGCUCAAGUGUACGCUGCAUUUACAAAGGCAUGGAGGGUGCAGUCUUUAUUAAACAAGAGACUUUUCAGUUAAUCGCUCUCUGGGUCUCACCCCACUGAGUUUAAAGCAAAGACCUCUUAGUAAAAAAAAUAAAAAUAAAAAGUUAAAUUUAUUUAUAGAAAUUCCAAAGGCAACAUUUUAUUUAUUUUAUAUAUUUAUUUAUUAUAUAGAGUUUAUUUUUAAUGAAAUAUGUACAGGCCAGAUAGGCAUUUUGGAAGCUUUAGGCUCUGUAAGCAUUGAAAUGGCAAAGGCCACUAUGAACCUGUGGUAAAUUCAUGCAAGUAAAUAUAAAGGUGCAUGGAUAAAAAAAAAAAGCCAACAAUAAAAAGGUAAUAAUAAUAAAUUCUAGUGACCCUCAUGUACUAAAGGCGACAAUCUCUUUUGUGCCCGUAUUAUUGUACAAGUAUGCACACCACUCAUGACACUGAGUCCUCACUCUUCUGACUGCUUGUUUCAUAGCUUACCCCAGAGGAUUAAAGAGAAAACUGGGUCUUCAACUUUUUUUUAUGUGUCUGUAAUAUUUCCUCUCUGAUAAAGUGACUUCUUACAUCAUUGUAAAUUUCACAGCUGUGGAAAAUAUAGGGGUUGGAAUAUAUUCUACUUGUUAAAACCUAUUGCAGAUUAUACCAAAGCUAAAUGAUAAAUAUGCUAUUUUUUUUUCCUAAAGAGAAUGCCAGAAACAACAUAAGUAAUACCAACAACAAUUAUACUAAUUUUAAGAUUCCACAAAGAACACAUAAAUAUUUCAGAGGGCAAGAACCAGUUUAACAGGAUCACUCUUGUAAACAUGUUUAUUUGUGCACUUGACUAUCUACUAUGAAAUUAUACAAGUUCCAUAGGGGUCAUUGUAAUACCUUUUAUGGAAAAUUGCUUUCAGUGUGAACUGUCAUAAUACAUGAUAUUAGCACCCUUCCUAAAGUAAAACUUGCAAAAUGAAACUAAUAAAUCUCUAUCAAUAAUGACAAUGA